AGGACUCACACACACACACAGAGAGAGAGAGAGAGAGAGAGGUGAAAAUUUCACAAGCAGAGGUCGCUUUACUCUGAAGCGAGAGAUCCCCGUCGACACCGCACUCUCCUUUCUAUGCUCAUUUGCUUUGUUUUUUUCUAUCCUUUCAAAUUUUGCUUCAAAACAUGGCAACCCAUUUCUUAUAACAGCUCUCCCCAAAAUGCCCUUUUCAUGAAAAUGCAGCUUCUGUGAGCAACUGAUUGAUUGAAACUGAGAUGGGUUCGAGGAUGGCGAUUACUGAGAAGAAACCCACGAAGGGGAAAGGAUUGGGGAGUGUUUUCUUCCAUUUUUUUGAUUGGAACAAAAUGCUCUCUAACAAAAAGAAGAAGCUUUUCUCGAGUAACAAGCUUCUGCUACCUUCAGGCUCGAAGAAAUUUGGUGGGGAUGAGAAGAUGCCCAGGCUUAAGCAGUUUCUGGUUACUGACGACAACCUCGAAAGCUUCCCGAUCUCUCAGAAGCAGAAUUUUCAGAGUAAUCAAAUGCAAGAUCCUGGCCCAAUAGCCAAACUAAUGGGUCUCGAAUCCAUGCCAAUUGUCCACCAUAAGAAACCUAGCAAGCCUUCACUGGCAUCAGAUUUUGGUAGUGGCCGAUACGAAACUUCUGAAGUGAAAGAUACAAGACCUCAGAAGCUUCAAAGAACAGGAGGAUUCAUGGAGAGGCAGCAGAAACCUUUUAGUUCCUCUUCGGAAACUGUAAAUUCCAACAGAAGAGCAAGGAGACAGUAUCAUCACAAACUCGCUUCACCUGUGAAAAGCCCGAGGCUUCUUUCAAAGAGAGGCUCAAAUCGACUAAUGGAGGCUGCGACUAGGAUUUUGGAACCAGGAUUGCAGUCCCGAAGAAAUCAUGCCAAGUGUACUCUCACCUAUAGUACGGGUUGUUCUUCACAGUCUGAUGAAAAAGUAUCUAAAGAUGGGGUCUUUAUGAAAAAGUACAAAAUAUCGUCGAAUGAUCCUUUUGUGAGUUCUUCUAGGAGCUUUACUAGUUUGAGCGAAACUAAGGACUCAGAGAACAAGAUGAAACCUCUUGAGAAGAGAACAUUAUUGUCCCCUUUCAGCCAAGAUCGGUUAGAAUCAAAGAGAUCGUUGGUCCUCCCACUUGGCAAAGAUAAGCCAAAAUCUAUUGAUGUUCAACCUAAAUGCAUGCAGGAUGAGCAUGAUAGGAAUAUUUUUAGGCAAAAUGCUUUGCCUCCAGUUAGAGGUAAGUUGGCUUGUGGGCCAAGCGUGCAUAAUGCAAAAUCAAAUAGACGAGAUUUUGUUCCCUCUGAUAGUGGUUUGAGUAGCUGCAAGCAUUCAACUACACUUGUCAGUAAAUUAGGCAGAGAAAGAUUGGGAAUAGAUCAAAAUCGAUUGGAGAGGAAGAACAAAGCUCAUAAAAGAAGGCCGAAUGAUGAUUCGCUGUCUGAAAGUGGUAAGGUAGUGAAUUUUACCAUUAACAAGCAACAAAGUGCAAGGGGCAGCUUGGUAAAAGGAAAAGGGAUAAUUGGUAACAAUUCUACAAAUCUCAAUUCUGUCAAGAGUGAAUUUAAAAGACGUGUGGACGGUAAUGGUGCCAGUAGCUUUGAAGGAAAUGCUAUCGUUUCUUUCACAUUCAAUUCACCAAUGAAACAUGCUCGUAGGUCAAGUUCAAAUAACAUAGAAGAUAAAAGGAGAUGCAAAGGUAAACCUAGUUAUAAUGCUUCUCUUCCUAAAAAGUUGGUAUCAACAGAAACAACGGUUCAUAGCAUGGCAUCUCAAAAAGAGGAGACCUUGUGUGGAGACUCACUAAGUACACUUUUAGAGCGAAAAAUUGAAGAGUUAAAUUCUCUGGAUUGCGAUGAAUUUCUACCUGGAAAUGCUUCUGAAGAGAGAUGCACUGCUUCCAUUCUUGGGGAGCUGAUUUCAGCACUUACGUUCAAACAAGAAGAUGCUUUGUCUUGUGGCUUCACAGAUACCUCUGAUCGCAUUGUCUCAGAUGGUGAUAUGGUUAAAACAAAUGAAAAAUCUCAGGCUGAAGAAGACGUAAAUAUUUCUUCUGCAUAUACUGUUAGUAGUGAUCAUCCAAGCCCUGUGUCGAUCCUCGAUGUCUCUUUCUCAAAUGACAGUUGCUUCUCUGGGAGUCCCAAUGGCAGCUCAGGGCACAAACCGGAUUUCGGUUCCAGUGGGACUUGCAACAAUAUUCCGUCACUAGAGGAUACUGAACUUCUAGAGGAUACUGAAAUUCUAGAUUCUGCCUCCUCUUUUGAUGUUGAGAAGUUUGAUUUUCUUGAGAAAAACUCAGUCAUCAAAGAUUCCUUCGAUCUCCAUGAUAUAUGGUUCUCAGAGAGUAAGCCCAGCUCCUCUACAGAGGCCAAAUCCAACGCUAAACUUCUUAUUGAGAACAUUUCUUUGCCCAGUUCAAAUGCAAAGGAUUCCUUCAUUUAUGAUACUUUAGAAGCCAUUGCAAAGGAUCUCAAGGUGACAGAUUGUAAAGAUGGGAAGCAACUUAGAGAUCUCCUCAUUGACUGCAUAAUAGAAUGCUUGGAUUCUCAAUUUAUCUGCUUCUAUCGUCCAGGAUCAAACCUUUCUCUGUUAAUGAGAGGAGAAAGGCUGUCAAGAGUGAUACGCGACGAGACUGAAAGAUGGAAUAGUUCGAGGGGAAAGAUGAUGGAUGACAUAGUUGAGAAUGAUAUAAGCCAUUCAAAUGGGAUGUGGACCAACUUUGAGACCGAGUCAUUUGAGACUGGUGUACAAAUUGGGGAUGAUAUAGUUAACGAACUAGUAGGUGAAUUUGUAAUAGAUCUUUUAAUUUGAAGGUAUGAUGGUUUAUUGGGUUACUGUUUUCUAGGAAGAUUUUGACUUUUGUAUCAUAAUCGUACAUCUGACGAAAAGAUAGCAGGGUUUCAGUCUGUAGCUGUUCAUAGGAUCAUUAUGUAGCUAUUUUCAUAUUUGCAUUGAGAAGUGGUUUUAU